AGGUCGAGGAGAGCAUCCAGGAGGACCGAAGACGACGAGGAGCUCUACUCCGAGUCGUCCUUCGAGGAGGCCUCCGCCACCGCGGCCUCGGCCACGCUGGCCUCCGCCACCGCCGAGCUGGCGCAGAGCAGGAGCGGCCCCGCGGGCGCCAGCGCGUCCGCGGUCGAGUCGGCCGUGGACACCCUGGCGGACUCCGCGGCGGAGAGCGCAGACCCGGAGGAGGCGUCUCGCCAGCGCGCCGAGGAGGAGCGGCGCCGGGAGGUGGAGGAGCGCAGGCGGCAGCUGGCCAAGCGCCCAGGAGAUCCUCGCCACAGACCAGCCCGGGCCGGCCGCAGAAGCGCGUGGGCAUCGCGGGCGGCCAGGAC